AUGGGUGUGGCCAAUGGCAUCAUCAACGUGGCCAGUGACAUCAUCGGCAGCAUCAGUGUGACCAAUUACAUCAUCAGCGGGAUGGGCGUGGCCAGUGAUGUCGCUGACGUCAUUGGCCGGCCCAGGGUGGCCAAUGGCACAACUGACGUGGCCAGUGACGUCAUCAUCGGGGUGGGCGUGGCCGGCGACGUCAUCAGCAAGGCAUGCACGCCGAAUUACAUCAUUGCAGUGGCCGGUGACGUCACGGACGGGGUGGGCGUGUCCAGUGACAUCACCGCGCGUGUCAACAUGACCCGUGACGUCAUCAGUGCGGCCGAUGACGUCAUCGUGGGGGGGGUGUGUCGGGGAUCGCCGCAGGGCAUUGAGAAGGGCUCCACGUUCCUGCAGCUGGGCUCCUCCACGGAGCAGCAGCUCCAGGUGAUCUUCGAGGUGCUGGAGGAGUACGACUGGACGGCCUUCGCCGUGGUCACCACGCUGCUGCCCGGCUACGAGGACUUCGUGGACUACGUGGAGGUGCUGACCGACAGCAGCUUCAUCGGCUGGGAGCACCGCGGCGUGGUCACCCUGAACCUCACCGACGACCCCGAGGGCGCGCGGACGCGCCGGCAGCUGCGCGAGGUGUCGGCGCAGAUCCGGCUGCUCUACUGCUCGCGCGACGAGGCCGAGGCCGUGUUCCGCGCCGCGCGCGACGCCGGCCUCACCGGGCCCGGCUACAUCUGGUUCGUGGUGGGCACCAACCUGGGCGGCAGCGAGCAGCUGCCCGAGCACGUGCCCGCCGGGCUGUUCGCCGUGCUGUCGGCCGGCUGGCGCGACGACCUGCAGCACCGCGUGCACAACGGCGUGGCCAUCGUGGCCAAGGGCGCCGAGGCGCUGCUGCGCGACUACGGCUUCAUCCCCGAGUUCAACAACGACUGCCGCGCGCCCAACGUCACCCAGAUCAACGACAACCUGCACAGGUACUUCAUGAACAUCACGUGGGGACAGAAGGAUUUCUCCUUCAACGAGGACGGCUACCUGGUGAACCCCUCACUGGUCGUCAUCUCCCUCAACAAGGAGCGCACCUGGGAGGUGGGGGGCAGCUGGGAGCAGCGCGUGCUCCGGCUCAAGUACCCGGUGUGGUCGCGCUACGGGCGCUUCCUGCAGCCCGUGGAGGACGGGCGGCACCUGACGGUGGCCACGCUGGAGGAGCGGCCCUUCGUCAUCGUGGAGAGCACCGACCCCGCCACCGGCACCUGCAUCCGCGACUCCGUGCCCUGCCGGCGCCAGCUCAACCGCACCGCCAGCCCCCCGCCCUUCGAGAAGAAGUGCUGCAAGGGGUUCUGCAUCGACAUCCUGAAGCGCCUGGCGCGCGCCCUGGGCUUCACCUACGACCUGUACCUGGUGACCAACGGCAAGCACGGCAAGAAGAUCGACGGCGUCUGGAACGGCAUGGUGGGCGAGGUGUUCUACCGGCGCGCCGACAUGGCCAUCGGCUCGCUGACCAUCAACGAGGAGCGCUCCGAGAUCAUCGACUUCUCCGUGCCCUUCGUGGAGACCGGCAUCAGCGUCAUGGUGUCCCGCAGCAACGGCACCGUGUCCCCGUCCGCCUUCCUGGAGCCGUACAGCCCGGCCGUGUGGGUGAUGAUGUUCGUCAUGUGUCUCACCGUGGUGGCCGUCACCGUCUUCAUCUUCGAGUACUUCAGCCCCGUGGGCUACAACCGGAGCCUGGCCAGCGGCCAGCGCGCGGGCGGCUCCACCUUCACCAUCGGCAAGUCCAUCUGGCUGCUGUGGGCGCUGGUGUUCAACAACUCGGUGCCGGUGGAGAACCCCAAGGGCACCACCAGCAAGAUCAUGGUGCUGGUCUGGGCCUUCUUCGCCGUCAUCUUCCUCGCCAGCUACACCGCCAACCUGGCGGCCUUCAUGAUCCAGGAGGAGUACGUGGACACCGUGUCCGGCCUCAGCGACCGCAAGUUCCAGCGGCCCCAGGAGCAGUACCCCCCGCUGAAGUUCGGCACGGUGCCCAACGGCAGCACGGAGAAGAACAUCCGCAGCAAUUACCCGGCCAUGCACAGCUACAUGGUGCGCUACAACCAGCGCGGCGUGGAGGACGCGCUGCAGCACCUCAAAACCGGGAAGCUGGACGCCUUCAUCUACGACGCGGCCGUGCUGAACUACAUGGCCCGCAAGGAGGAGGGCUGCAAGCUCGUCACCAUCGGCUCGGGGAAGGUCUUCGCCUCCACGGGCUACGGCAUCGCCCUGCAGCGGGGGUCCCGCUGGAAGCGCCCCGUGGACCUGGCCCUGCUCCAGCUCCUGGGGGAUGACGAGAUCGAGAUGCUGGAGCGGCUCUGGCUGUCGGGGAUCUGCCACCAGGAGAAGCUGGAGGUGAUGAGCAGCAAGCUGGACAUCGACAACAUGGCCGGGGUGUUCUACAUGCUGCUGGUGGCCAUGGGGCUCAGCCUGCUCGUCUUCGCCUGGGAGCACCUCGUGCACUGGAAGCUGCGGCACCUGGGCAGCGCGGGGCGGCUGCGCUGCCUGCUGGCCGUCAGCAGGGGCAUGUACAGCUGCUGCAGCGCCGAGGACCCCCCUCCGUCCCCUCCCCCACCCGCCCAGCACGGCUGCGCGGGGGCGCGCGGGGGGGCGGGGCCGCUGGGCGCGCGCAGAGGCUCCGCCCACUUCUCCAGCCUCGAGUCCGAGGUAUGACCGGGGGGGGAGGGGGGGACAGCCCG